AUGAGAGCCUCCGUGGACAGGAAGAGACUGGAGCGGCUGUGUAACAGGUACAAAGACCCACAAGAUGAAAAUAAAAUUGGAAUUGAUGGAAUUCAACAGUUUUGUGAUGAUUUAAGCCUAGAUCCUGCCAGUAUCACAGUUUUGCUUAUAGCGUGGAAAUUCAGGGCUGCAACUCAAUGUGAAUUUAGUGAAAAGGAAUUUGUGGACGGCAUGACAGAACUUGGGUGUGACAGUGCAGGGCAGCUGAAAGCCCUGCUGCCAGGACUGGAGCGGGAGCUCAAGGACACGGUGAGGUUCCAGGACCUUUACCAGUUCACCUUCACCUUCGCUCGGAGCCCAGGGCAGAAGGGGCUGGAUUUGCAAAUGGCCGUGGCAUACUGGAAUCUGGUGUUUUCCGGAAGGUUUAAGUUUCUAGAUCUUUGGAACACCUUCUUGUUGUAA